AUGCAAGAUUGGGAAGAGGCUACAUGCGAUAUGAAGGAGACAAAAGGUGAGAAAGGAGAAUCAGGAGAAGAAUCAAGUGGCUUCCCAACUUUCCCUCCAGGUUCAUAUGGCCCUCCAGGAGUUCCAGGAGCACCGGGAGGCCAUGGCCCACCAGGGUCAUCAGGUCAAACUGGACCCCCUGGACCAAGGGGUGCAAGAGGAGCUGAUGGACCACCCGGACAAUCUGGACCACCUGGCUCACCUGGUCAAGCUGGACAACCUGGAUUUCCUGGAAUGGCUGGUGCUAAAGGAGAAAGUGGUAAACCUGGUCCCCGUGGUCCUACUGGCCAACAAGGUGCAAGAGGUGAAGCAGGAAGCCCUGGUGCAACAGGAAAGUCUGGUCAAAGAGGUCCCCCUGGACUUAGCGGUAGCCCUGGAUCAAAAGGCUCAAGUGGUGCCGCUGGUUUACCAGGUCCACAAGGAUUCCCAGGCCCAAGAGGAGCUCCAGGUCCACAAGGAAGUAAUGGUGCUACUGGUCCUAAAGGAAGUCAGGGUAACCCAGGUGUAGCUGGAAUGAAAGGAGCACAAGGUCCAACUGGUCUAACAGGUGAUUCUGGUCCAAGGGGUUUGCCUGGACCUGCUGGUGAAGAUGGACGACGAGGUGAACGUGGAGAGCCCGGUUCACAAGGAACUCCAGGACCCCAGGGAGAAAUGGGAGCAGCUGGUGUUCGUGGAUUUCCUGGUCCAUCUGGUCCGGCUGGUGCUAAGGGAGAAUCGGGUGAACCAGGUCGUCCAGGUCCAAUUGGUUCCAAAGGAUCCUCAGGUGACCCAGGUAGAGCAGGACAGCAAGGUAUGCCAGGAGCAAGGGGUUUAACAGGCUCACCAGGAAAAGAAGGUCCAUCAGGAAGACCCGGUACUCCAGGUGAACCAGGUAAAGACGGUGAUCCAGGUCCAGCCGGUGCAAGAGGUGCUCGGGGUGAAAGUGGUAAAGAUGGUGAUGCCGGUCCUGUUGGACCUACUGGUCCGCGUGGUCCCGCUGGUGAGAGAGGUGCUACAGGAGCUACAGGCUCUCCAGGUUUUGUAGGACAAACAGGUCAGCCUGGUCUGCCAGGAGAACCUGGACAACCCGGUGAACAGGGUGUACAAGGCGAGGCAGGUCCUGCUGGACAAAUUGGACCAAGGGGAGAGAGAGGUCAUCCUGGCGAGCGUGGUACGCCGGGUCCCAACGGAAAGAAAGGAGAUCGUGGCUUCCAAGGCGCUGCCGGUUCAGAUGGUGCAAAGGGUUCUAGCGGUCCAAAAGGUGUGAGAGGAGAAGGCGGUCCACAAGGCUUACAGGGUUUACCAGGUCCAGCAGGUUUAACUGGUGCGACUGGUGCUAAAGGUGAUCGUGGUGAAACUGGUGAGAGGGGAGUAACAGGUGCUCCUGGUAAACCUGGAGAUAGGGGAAGCCCGGGUCCAAUGGGUAUUUCUGGUCCACAAGGUUCACAAGGAGAAAAAGGACAAACUGGUGCCCCUGGCCCAUUGGGUCAAAGUGGACCCAGAGGAGAUACUGGUGAAACUGGUCCUGCAGGCCGACCAGGUCCUCAAGGUCUAGCUGGUCCACAGGGUCGUCCAGGUUCUACAGGUCGUGCAGGUAGAGAUGGUAAACCAGGAGCUAAGGGUGAUUCUGGAGAUCCUGGUGAACAAGGUGAUCGUGGUGAUCCCGGUCCUCUUGGUCCCAGAGGUAUUCCUGGUGCAAAAGGAGACAGAGGUCCCGCUGGGCGACCUGGUCCACAAGGUUUGGCUGGUGCAGGCGGAAGACCUGGUGCAACUGGAACGACUGGUCCUGCUGGUGCUAAGGGUGCUGCUGGUGCUCCAGGUACUGCUGGUGCAAAGGGUGAACCUGGUGAAAGUGGUGAACAAGGAAGACCUGGUGAUCAGGGUCUCGAAGGUCCAGAAGGUCCAUAUGGUCCAAAAGGUGAUGCAGGAAAAGAUGGAAAAGAUGGUGAACCAGGUCUACCAGGUCCACAAGGCGCACAGGGUUCCAGAGGUUCAAUGGGUAUGCCAGGACAAAAAGGUGAAUCAGGUCCAAGAGGUGCACCAGGUCCACAGGGUGAAGAUGGAAAAACUGGCCUGCCUGGAAUUUCUGGAGAGAGAGGUCCAGUUGGUCCAUCUGGUCCUUUGGGUCCACAAGGUCCAAGGGGAGAUCAAGGUCCAGAGGGUGUGAGUGGUAAAGAUGGUAUUCCAGGUGUCCAAGGACGUCCAGGUAUUAAAGGUGAUCGUGGUAAUACGGGUAGUCCUGGUCCUGCUGGUAUGUCUGGUCCAAUGGGAGCUCCUGGUCCAUCUGGAGAAGCUGGUCCUCAAGGCCCUACUGGUGAUCCUGGUCCAUCCGGACCAGUUGGUCCAGAAGGUGCAAGAGGUUCAAGAGGUCCAAGCGGAGAACCAGGUAUUGCUGGCGCUCCUGGAGAUGCUGGUAUCCAGGGAGCAAGGGGUGCAAAAGGACAUCGUGGAUUCCCUGGUCUACAAGGUAUUCCCGGUAGUAUGGGUGUUCCAGGUGAAGAUGGUAUGACAGGACCUCCUGGUCCAAAUGGUCCAAGAGGUGCAACUGGUCCUAGAGGCUCGCCAGGUUUGAAUGGAAAAGAUGGUCCAAUGGGUCAACCCGGUCCAGAGGGUCCAAGAGGUUCUCGGGGUGACAGGGGAGAUAGCGGUACCUCCGGUCCUCCCGGUCCACCUGGUCCACCUGGUCCCCCAGGUGAUGCUCAAGGAUUUGAUGCUGCAGCUUUUUCAUCUAUGUUUGCUUCAUUCUCACAACCAGGCAUGAAAGGACCACAAGGAGAUGAACCCGAACCAUACCAAGGAGAUGCUAUCGCCCAGAAAGUCAGAGAUGUUGAAGUUAUGGCAUCGCUGCAAUCACUCAAUGAACAAAUACAGAAUAUACAAACACCUACUGGUUCAAAGAAAAAUCCAGCAAGAACUUGUCGUGACCUGGCUCUUUGCCAUCCAGAUUGGCCCAGUGGUGAAUACUGGGUGGAUCCUAAUCAAGGCUGUGCUUUAGAUGCCAUUAAAGUCUACUGCGAUUUCAAAACAUAUGAAUCAUGUAUAUUCCCAGAAAAGACUGAGGCUCCAAAGAUGAACUACUACCAAGGUCCAAACAAACAUGUCUGGUUUGGUGAUAGCAUGAAGAAUGGGUUUAAGUUCAAUUAUGAUGUGGAACUUGUACAAUUGACAUUCCUCCGACUUCUAAGUGUUCAUGGUCGUCAGAACGUCACCUAUCACUGCAAGAACUCAGUUGCUUACUUUGAUGCAGAAACGGGUAAUUUCAAGAAGGCUGCCAAGUUAUUGGCCGACACCGAAGUAGAAUUGGUGGCUCAGGGCAAAACGCGAUUCCAGUAUUCAGUAUUUGAAGAUGGUUGUACUUUACGAAAUGAUAAAUGGGGACAGACCGUGUUCGAAUACGAUACCAAGAAAACCUCUCGUCUACCCAUUCAAGACUUUGCUCCAUUUGAUAUCGGUGGUGAUGACCAAGAGUUCGGUUUGACUAUAGGACCAGUCUGUUUUUCAUAAGAAGUCACUUUUCUUUUUUUUAAUUUCAAAAAAAUUGUUAAAUGUCACAAUUGUCUUGGCUGCUGGUAAAAUGUAUAUCAGUGAGAAUUGAAAAGUUUUCAGCCAUCACCAGUUAACAUCCUGACAUUUUCACAGAAUAUUUCAAAUGGUGCUCUUUUUUGUUGAAACAUAUUUUAAUCUAUUCAUUUAUAGUAUUAGAGACAAAGAUCAACUUCACAUUUUCUUUCAUGAAUUUUAUGAUUGUUAUUUGCUUUCAGUAAUG